CUUAUUAACAGUUUUCUUCUUUUAUCUUUUUCCUCUCUGUUGCAGUAGCUCAGAAAGCAAAGUGCUCUGUUUUCACUCAUUCUGACUGAACAAAAUUCAACAAGUUGAGUCGCUCUCACUUUCACCUUUCACUUUAUUGCCUCUUAAAUUCAUUACUAGUACAGUAGUACUAAAGUUGAAAGGAUUAACAAAAGGAAAAUGGAAUUCGAUCUAGAGAAUUCAUUAACAGGCUUCGACGCCGCCGUAUCAGCUCUUUUCGCCGCUGAAUCCGAUCACACGCCGUCGUUUAUCGGCUUCGAAUCCACCGAUGUUCGCUUUUCUCUUCGCCGUCACUCUCUCUCUCUCAUUUCUCAAGCACAAAGUUCUUACAAAUUUGAUGGCUAUACAGCAUACCUCGCCGGCAAUUACAUCGAUCGUUUUCUUUCUGAACAAGCAGUUAUGGAGAAUAAGCCAUGGAUGGUACGGAUUCUCGUCAUUGCUAGUCUUUCGCUUGCUGCAAAAAUGAGGAACGUCGAUUUAUCACUGUCCGAUAUUCAGAGAGAUGUAGGUAUAAUUUUUGACGCUCAAUCAAUUCACCGCAUGGAACUGCUGAUUCUCGAUGCACUCAAAUGGCGACUAAGAUCCAUCACGCCUUUCUCGUUUCUGCAUUUAUUCACCUCGGUUUUUCAACUCGGUGACUCGUCUCUGACUCAGUCUCUUAAACAACGAGCUUCAGAUAUCAUCUUCAGUACUCAAUGCGAAAUUAAGCUUUUUGAGUACAAACCAUCAGUAAUAGCAGUAUCGGCACUACUGUGUGCAGCUGAUGAGUUGAUUCCCUUGCAAUUUUCUUCUUGCUUAGCUGCAAUUUCAGAAUGCCAAUACUUAAAUAAAGAGGAACUUAUGAAUGCUUUGGCUGUAAUGCGGGAAAUGCUGAUAGAAGGGCGGGAGUCCACAGUCGGUUCAGAGCCUUGUAGUAUGUUGACGCCACAAAGUGUUCUUGAGUGCGAGCGUACAAGCUCUCAAUGCGAGACUCCCACAAAUCAGGAUAGGGACAACAUCAACAAGCAGAGAUUGAGCGAUUUAAGGGAUGAUCACACGUUCCAGAUUUCUCAGGUUCAGUGGUGCUAAGAUAGUAAGACUGCAUAUCAGCCUCCCUGCUUUGUUUUCAUUGAUGAUUUUGUUGCCUCGUGCAUAUUUUUGUCGGAGUGGGAACAGAUAUGUCAAUAGCUAAAAAGUGGAGACCUUUAAAAUGAAUUGAACUCUACAUUAAAGUUUGCAACGAUUAGAUGCACAAUCUCUUUAGGUUCCACUUUGUGCUUCGAAAUGUCGAUAGUAUGUUCCAUUUGGCUAAAGCGAGUUAUGUACUAUUCAAUCUCUUUAUGGACAAAAAGGCUGUAAAGAACUUCAGGAAGUUACUUGUGUCGAUGUAAUCUGUGAACAGACCAAAAAAUCUUCAUCUUGUUCUUUAAUGGUU